GUCAUUUAACAUCAGCAAUUCAUUAAUUCGUUAACGGAUUGUUGACGUCAGAUGACGUCAAAUUAACAGAUUGCUGAUAUCAAAUGAUGUCACACAAAGCAGGAACAGAAGCAAAAUUGCAGAAUUGCAAUCGGGCCAUCGGCAUCCCUCUCCCUCAUCCCUGCUCCAUCUUCGUGAGUCCGUCGGCAUCUCCACCGCCGAACAGAAGCAGUAAGCACUUAAUCUCCCUGCUUCACUUCCGUCGGCAUCUCACUCACCAGUUCUCCACCGGCUUCAUCUCCUUUGCUGAACUGAACAUCAGCAACAAGUAUCCUAAUCUCCCUUCAUCUCCACCGGCAGUUCAGCACCUCUCCUCUGUGGGCAGCAUCCUGACAAAGCUCACAGCCUCACGCCUCUGCCACUCAUCUUCCACUCCUUUACCGACCCAAACAGAAGCAGCAAAGCAUAACAAAUCGUCCUUGAUUUUGCUCACAUCGCCACCUGAUUUUGCUCACAUCGCCACCUGAUUUUGCUCACACCGCCACCACUCAUCUUCCUCUCCUUUACCAAACCAAAAAGAAGCAGUAAAGGAAAUAGAUCGUCCCAAUAGAGGUAGUCCAUGACUCCGUGACUCAUUCUCUCCUCUUUGGCAUUUGAUUUAAGUGAGAUUUUUAGCUUUUACCUUGAAAUUCAUUCUCAAAUUGACAUGUUUUACAAGUUUAUUAAUUGUUAAUAGAAAUUAAUUCUUUAU